AUGGAAGAAACACAAAAAGGAACGCGCAUAGGGCCGCUGCCUGGGGGGCGCCGGGGCGCGUCUGGAGCUGGCGCUGGACGCGGCAGCAUGCGGGCCGCCAGCCGAGCACGAGGAGCUGCACGUACACCUAGCAGCCCCUCGCAUCCAUCAUCCCCACCAGAAGGCUUGGUGUCGGCUGGGUCUUCUCGGACCCAGCAAGCGGCACCCGCCGCUGGUGGAGCACGUCGCAUGCGUUGGACAAAAUCCAUGAACGAAAACGCAUUGCGGGCGUACUAUAGGGCGAAAGGGGAAGAAACUGUGGGAAUAGCGUAUAGGUCUCGGAUGCAUUGCUUUUUUGCUGAGCUGGAGCCGUCUAUCCCCGUCACGGAACAAAACCUGGCAGACCGAGUUCGGUACAUCAUGCGCUCGAAAAUACUUGAUGAUGCCGAACUCGAACGACUACGACGUGAGGCUAUUCCGUCGUCGAAUGAAUCGGCUAUGGCUGGAGAUGCAGCUCCACAUUCGACAGACCAGCAUCCACACGUGGAAGCCGCCAUGGAUCUUCCAGUUGUGGUUGAUUCGAACGACGAUGAAAUAGUCUCCCACGAACUAGAGCAAAUGAGGAGUAUAUUGGAAGAGGCGAUUUUGGAAACGCGCAGCACCCCUCUCGAAAAUCGACCACGACUUCCCCGCAUACCCUUAAGCAAGCGAAAUCGGGCUGUCGUGAGGGCUCUUAACCCAAUACUGGUGACCUAUUUGGAAGCCAGCCGGGACCUUUGCGAGACGGACUCGAUUCUCUUUGGCGCCGCAGUGGCAGUUUGCCGUAUUAUUGGCGCCAAACUUCCCAUGGCUGGACGCGCUACUACACAAAGUAGCGCCAUCCCAGCCUGGAGAAAAAGAAUCGAGGACCGUAUCGCAAAGGCAAGGGCCCUUAUCGGCAGACUGACAAGCUUCAGGUCGGGUAAUAAUAGACCGAGGAUUAUGCGCACCGUUAGGAUGGCGUUUGCUGGGACAAAUAUCAGUUUGUCCCAGCCGGAUAUCACGCAGAAACUAACGGAGCGCAUAGACGACCUGAAGCAAAAGAUCGCUGCUUGGGGGAAGCGGAUUCGACGAUUUUCCGAGGGGUCAAGGCGGUUCAACCAGAAUCGUCUCUUCCAGAGUGAUCAGAAGAGGCUCUAUAAAUUAUUGGAGCGACCAAAGGUAUGUGGAGCGGGCCAAGGACCGGAUCAGGCUGACAUUAUCGCAUUCUGGCGUGGCCUGUGGUCAGAGCCCGUAAACCACAGCGAGGGCCCUUGGAUGGAAGUUGUGGCGAGCCAGGGUGCGAGUGUUACGCCUAUGGACCCCAUCACCAUAACGCCGGAAGACGUGGCUGAGGCGAUAGAUGGCGCCGAACUCGAACGGCUACGACGUGAGGCUGUUCCCUCAUCAAAUGAAAACGCUACGACUGAUGGUGCGGUGCCACAAGUUGCAGAACAACCCGCACACGUGGAUGCCGCCGAGAAUACCCCAGUGGUUGCCGAUUCAAAUGAUGAUGGAACAUUCACCCAGGAACUAGAAAUAGAGCAAAUGAGGAGUACAUUGGAAGAGGCGAUUAUGGAAACGCGCAGUACGCCUCUCGAAAAUCGACCGCGACUUCCCCGCAUAGCCCUAAGCAAGCGGAAUCGGGCUGUCGUGAGGGCUCUGAACCCAAUGCUGGUGACCUAUUUGGAAGCCAGCCGGGACCUUUGCGAGACGGACUCAAUUCUCUUUGGCGCCGCACUGGCAGUCUGCCGUAUUAUAGGCGCCAAACUUUCCACGGCUGGACGCACUACUGGACAAAGUAGUGCUAUCCCAGCCUGGAGAACAAGAAUUGAAGAACGUAUCGCAAAGGCUAGGGACCCUCAUCGGCAGACUGAUAUGCUUCAGGUCAGGCAAUACCAGGCCAAGGAUUGUGCGCACCGUCAGGAUGGCGUUUGCUGGGACAAAUGUUAG